UGAAAGAAGCUGGAAGAGACUUUACCUAUUUCGUUGUGGUGCUUGUUGGAAUUGGUGUCACAGGUGGUUUGUUCUACGUGAUUUUUAAAGAGCUAUUCUCUUCUUCUAGUCCAAGUAAGAUCUAUGGAGAUGCCUUAGAGAAAUGCAGAUCUCACCCUGAGGUAACUGGUGUUUUUGGUGAAUCUAUUAAAGGUUACGGGGAGGCAACAAGAAGAGGAAGACGACAGUUUGUCAGUCACAUUGAAUACAUAAAGGAUGGGCUGAAACAUAUGCGUUUGAAGUUCUAUAUUGAGGGCUCGGAAUCAGGGAAGCGGGGAACAGUCCAUGUGGAAGUCAAAGAGAAUCCUGAGAAAGGAAGAUUUGAGGUCCGCUACAUAUUUGUGGACGUUGACACCUAUCCUAGAAGAACCAUUGUCAUAGAGGACAACAGAUAG